CAAGAAGCGAGGAACUAGGGGAGCGCAAGGAUGGUGCUGCUGACCGCCAAGAUCAUGCAGAGGGCAUCGCUCUUUGUGUCUUUUGGAGGUUUGGUCACAACGUUUGUCACCACUUUCUUGCCACUGUGGAAAACAAUGAACUCGGACUUAAACGAAAUGGAGAAUUGGUAUGAGGGUCUCUGGCACACUUGCAUCUUUACAGAAGAAGUGGGCCUGCACUGUAAAGCCUUCGAAUCUUUGUUAGCCUUGCCACCGGUCACCCUAGCAUCACGGAUACUCAUGUGUCUGUCCAUUGCCACUGGUUUUCUAGGAGUGGCAGCUGCCUUUUUUGGGCUGGAGGGUGUGGAGAUCGGACAAGGCCGUGAGAAAACAAAGCGGGCACUCCUCAUCCUCGGCGGUGUGCUGAUUUGGGUCUCAGGGGUCACUACAUUAGCUCCGGUCUCUCUGAUUGCCUACAUGAUGGUGGUAGAAUUCUGGGAUGAAUCUCUGCCGGACGUGAUGCCACGCUGGGAAUAUGGAGAGGCCAUGUUCUCCGCCUGGUUCUCUGGACUUCUACUGGUGAUCGGAGGAUCCUUCAUCUUCGUGGCUGUGUGUAUGGGUGACCACGAAACCAAACAGCAAAACAAAGUACUCUCACAAGCUCAGGGACAGCAACCUAGAGCUCGGAACUACCUAAAAACUGAGAUUUUAUAG